GCUCCAUUCUUUGAAGUACUUCUGAGAUAUUUUUCUCGUUGUUUCAGUAUGAAAUAAUGUAGAUUAGUAUUGUUGUCUGGAGUGACAUUGAAGUAGCUGGUGUCUUUAGUGCUGUGAAUGGAUUUCGUCAUGCAUAUAGUUGGUUGAGAGGGCGAUUUUUAAACUAUUCUUGUUGCUAUGAUUCGAGGUUACUGCACUGUUUGCCAAGAUUUAAUAUCGCAUAUACCAGGACGAGAACAAGGAGGCGAAGUUGCUUGUGGACCAUGUGGUCACGUAUUCCAUUUAAUGUGUCUGAGUACUUGGCUCAAUCGAAAGAAAACAUGUCCUAAAUGUAGAGAGAAARUCAGUAAACCAACAGUUUUGUACAUUGAUGAGGAACAACAAAGCGAUGAAUCAUGUGACGAUGACGCACAGACACUAAGGGCUAAGUUGGAGCACCUGAAAUGUUUAAUAAAGCAAAAAGAUGAAGAAAACAGUACUUUGAUUAGUAAAACAAUACAAUUUCAAGAUAAUCUUGAAGACAUUAAUAUGAAAUUGACCUCCAUUACAAARCAACUGAAAUCUGAGAAGUCUGUCAACACUGCUUUGAAGAAACAAAUGAAUUUCUUGAAGAAGCAGGASGUUGAAGUUGCUGAAGCAAAGAAAGAAGCCAUGUCAUCUAAACAGGAACUCCAGAGGCUUUCAAGGUUGAAAAUAYUGGUAGAAGGAAGCCGGGAAGAUGUUGACGAUAUGCUUCAUAGUAUAAGACAUGAYGGCAGUGCAACAUCAGAGAUGAUCACACAGCUAGUAAUAUUGAAAAAGGAGCUUGAAAAGAUCAAAGAAAGCAGAAAUAAAGCCAGGCAGGCCAAGGAGAAUUGUGAGAGAGAAAUGACUAAACUYAAACAAGAGCUGUCAUCUAAAGACAUUGAGGUUCAUGAAGCCAAGGAGCAAUUGCAGCUGACAGAAAGUUACUUAUCAAGAUCUGAAGACGAAAAUUCUAGCCUAAAGAAGAAGCURUCAAAGUUAGAGCAAGCUUUCAAUUCUCCCAGCCCGCGCAGUAGCGCCAUUACAAGACUCAUGAGAGAGAGUCCGGCCCCAAUGGAGCUAAAACGACCAAGGCUAACAGCUCCAGAAGACGACUCAGAAAAUGACAUUCUGGCAAAUAACGGGCCUUCAAGACACRAURAACCAGAUACCGAAAUGGARCAAGCCGCUAAAGGAAUGGGACUUCAAGUUGUCAAAACAACCUCUGCCCAGUUCAAGAAGCCCAUCCGUGCCCCACAACGACCUCCUCUGCUAACGUUACACGCUAARAAACGACGARUCGAGGAGGGUGUGAUAAGGAAGGGUUUUGACGGGCUUGGAGGMCAUACACAGUUUUUAAAGCCGUCCAAACCAAGAGGUCCUAUAAAGAAAGUAGCAAGACCAGCAACUAUAUCGAAGUUCAUCAAGACAACAGUCGAUGGAAAGCCGCCGCCAUUACCGGUAUUGAACCUAGAUGAUUUGUGAAUACUGUAGUUUAACCUAAAUACCAUUUGCGCGACGGGUCUCGUGUUGUAUGUAAUCAACCGUGAAAUUGCUGCGACUUUCAAGUAAUCAAUAGAUCUCUGAACCUUUUACGUCACUACUUGAUUUUCAAUGCAUUGUGGGAUCAAUUUCUAGAGAAAACAAAAGAAAUCCUCCAUGUUCUGUCCCAAACAUGUCCUACA